AUGCCCGACGAAGACACUGAUAAUGAACAGCGAUCAUUUACAGUGAGUUUUUUGAUUAUUUCGAAAUAAAUAGUGUGUAUUGACGCUAUUUGAAUUUUCAGCCUCCACCAAUGCUUGAAAGAGAAGAUUGGCAAGAUGAAGAAGAAGAAAAUGGAGGAAAUAAUAAUGCUGAUAAUCAAGAAGAAGCUGGAGAAUUAGAAGAAGAAGGUGUCGUCCGGAAUCAUGAGAAUGGAACUAAUGGUUAUCACAAUCAUCCCGUUUUAAACGGACAUUUGAAUGAUAUUCAAGAAAUCGAAGAGGAAGCAUCUGAAGAAUCACAAGAUGGGCAAAACAUUCAAAGUUCUAGCGAAGAAAACACAGUAGCAUAUGCGGAUAGUGAUAGAUUCUCAUCAGAUUAUGAUGAUUAUACUUAUCGACCAACACAAAGAGAGAUUGAAGACAAAGAAAAUGAGGAUCGAGCAAGACGGAAUAUGCCACCAGUUAGUAAUAUGCGAUAUAGUUAUGAAGAUGACGACGAUGAUGAUAUUGAUUAUGAAGAAGAUUCUGAAGAGGAAGACGAUUCAUCUGAUUGUAGUGAUAUAGUUUAUCAAGAAAACUAUGAACCACAGUUUAUUGAUCAUUUGCCAGAAGAUCUUCGGAAGCAAUUAUUAGGAGAUAAUCCAGGAAAACCGUCUCCAAUGGAUUCGGAUUACUAUCUUCGUCAUGGAAAGAUGCCACCUCAACCUUCAACUUCAACAUCCCAUAUUCAUCAACACAUAAAAGAUAACGUAAGUUCGGAUACCGAUAAUAUUUUCUGUUCACUUACUAACAAUAAAUUUGUUUGAAAAUUAUUUUUUAGUUGAAAUAACACACCUGAUUUCUGAUUUCAGGCUAAACUACGAAAAAGAAAUCCAAAGUUGGAUAUAUCGCGAAAAGAAUGGUUGUCUGCUGAUCCUUUUAUGUUUGAUGAUAUUUAUCGAUGUUUUGUUUGUCAUGAUAUUGCACAAUGGAAUCUUGUUCUAACAGUAAGUUUUUUUUCGAAAAUUUAAAAUAUUGAUUAAAAUUUUUGGCACAGUCAAAUCUCUUGAUUGAUUUUCAUAACAUUACAUUCAAUUAUUUCAUGCGGAUUAGUAUUUUAUGAAAUAGAACCAAGAUAAAAUACUUUUAUGCACAUAAAAUAACACAAUAUCAUAAAUUCAAACGAAAAUUUCAUUUCUUCAAAUUAUAUUUAAUAGAAAAAACUAACCAAAAAAUAUGUAUUUCAGUGUGACCAUAUAUUCUGCGGCGGCUGUCUAACUGGCCAAGAAGAAAAGUGCCCAAAAUGUGAAGCACCAAUUCUCUCUGCUCGCCACGAUCGCGUAAUUGAAAAAUUAUUACCUCGUCUGAAACUUGAUCUACUUCGGAAACAACCAUAUUGUCCAAAACCAGAAAAUCCAUUCGCAGCUAGAAAUCUGCCACGUUAUGCAAAAGCAGAAAAACAAUCAGAAGAGCAGUCAGAGUGCUCCACAAGUCGAGUAUGUAUUUUUUUCUAGCACGAAACCCUAUAAUUUUUGUGAUUUUUACAGAAACCGGAACCGUUACAAAACUAUUCUUUGCCGCAUGUUGAAUUGGUUCGAAUGUAUGAAGAAGAUCUAGACGAGAAUUCUUUCAAUUAUGUAAGUUUUAAUCAUAGACAUGAGAACAUUUUUUAGAACAAUGUUUUUUAAUUUCAGAGAGAAACUCAAAAAAGAUCUCGAUUAUCGAAAAAGACUGUCAAUUCAAGUUUCGAUCACAGAAUGAUUCUGGAUUUCAGUAAAAUGGGUUGUCCGGUCAUUUUACGACCAAGAAAUAUUGGAGUGAAAGUGCAUAGAAGAACAAUGCACUUGAUACUUCCAGAAACAGCAUACGGUUAGUUUUAUCAUUUUUGAGAAAAAUAAGUAUUGAGAAAUAAAUUAUCAUUUUCAGUUGGACACCUUGAAGAAUACGUUCGACGAUCAAUUCGUGACCAGCUGCCAAAAAAUGGAGAUUCAAUGGUUGAAAUUUCAUUUCGACGGAUCAAAUACUCAAGAUUGAGAAAAGAUAUACGAGUAACUUACACAGUAUGUUUUGUUUUUUUUUCCAAUUAAAAACUGAGAUGAGUUCGGGAAGCGUUGACAUUUGAAACAAGAAGUAAAAUAUUUAUGAAUCGUGGUUUACAUGAAAAACAGAAAAAAAGUUUAAAUUCUGAUUUGAAAUCAACAUUUUUUAACUUCCGAAAUAUUAGAAAACAAAUAAAACUUUCUUAUAGUCAUUCAAAGCCUACAUAUAAUGAUUUUUUCAUUUUUCAGAGAACUGGAAAAACCAAACCGGUUGGAAGAUACAAAGAGCCAAUGUUAGUGUAUUGUCAAAAUAUAAACGAACCACGCCUUCAUAAUCGCUGGACAUUAAACGAAUAUCGGGUACAUUUCAAAAUCAGCCAAACCUCACCAAUUGAACUCACAUAUGAUAUCAAGCCAUUGCCCGAGUUUCAACACUUGAUUGUAUAA